UUUCCGGUUGCUAAUUUCCAAUUUCGAAACAUUACAAUUUUUAAUGUCGAUUUGAGGCCAUACUAUGAAGAUAUCUGGCUAUGGCUGUUUUCAGAUCUGAUCCUUGUGGAAUAAUCUGCAUUAUAAUUACAUACUCAGCAGUAUUUUAUGCAGAUUACGUCGUGAUAUGGCAUCUUGUUAUUCCUGUGAUGUCCAACACAUUAUGGGGAACUUUUUGUGUGAUCCUCUUCAACCUGAUCGUAUUUCUUAUGACAGUGUCACAUUUGAGGGCAGUGCUGUCUGACCCAGGGAUUGUCCCAUUGCCAAAAAAUGGACUGGACUUCUCAGAUCUACACGCUGGAAGAACUAUACCUAACACAAAAGAUGGCUGGAGUGUAUGUAAUAAAUGUGAGACUUACAGACCACCUAGAGCCCAUCAUUGUAGAAUCUGUAGAAGAUGUAUCAGAAAAAUGGACCAUCAUUGUCCUUGGAUAAAUAAUUGUGUUGGAGAGUUGAAUCAAAAAUAUUUUAUACAGUUUUUAUUUUAUGUGGGUAUGGCUAGUUGCUAUGCCACUACCAUGGUGGUCACAUCCUGGGUAAUGGAUCCCAAUGUUACCAGCACAUAUAAGCACACAAAGCUCAUACAUUCUGUGAUCCUGAUAGUGGAGUGUGUUUUAUUUGGAAUGUUUGUUAUAGCUAUUGGUUGUGAUCAGAUAUCUUCCAUAUUAGGUGAUGAAACACUUGUAGAACAAGUUAAAAAAGAAGGAAUAAGAAGAGAGAAAAAAUCAAUGUAUAGCUUGCUACAAGAGGUCUUUGGUAGAGGUCAUCCAUUAGGCUGGCUAUGUCCACUGUUCACGGAAACAUUAAAGGAACGGUCAUCAAAACAGUAUAUUGUAUAAAACAUAUCAAGUGAUAAAAGAGAGCAUAUCGAUCAAAUUAUUUCUUCUACUGUAAUAACAAUGAAAUACAUUAUGAGCCCUACAGAUAAUGAAGUUUCAAGAGAGUUAUGAGAAGUCAAUAAAAGGAUUAAUUCAGUGUAUGCCCAUAACUUUGAUGUAUACAGACAGGAAAAAUAAGCUGAAGUUUUUUUUUGAAGUCACAAAAAUACACCCAACAUUCAGCUAUAAAGUUUUACUUUGAAGGAUUGAAAAAUAAGAUGAAAUGUUAGCUACCAACGGAAAUAUCAAUAGACUUCUUACAUCUGUUUGGUUCAGCGAUGAGGCGUGUGUGACAUGGGGUUGCAAAUUUACCAAUUUGUAAUUUUGUCCCCAAUUCCCACUCUUUUUCUCCUUUUCUCAGAUCCCACUUUUUUACUCCCUAUAUCCUACAUCCCAAAAGCGUGCCAUCCCCCUCAGUCAUGUCAGUUGAAAUAUAGAAUAACCUGUUUUUCCUGCCCAAAUGUUCUAGGGCAUCCAUUUGAUCAGGGUCCUAUACUAGAAGUGUAUGUAUGUAUUUUCCAAAACGUUAUCUUUGUCUGUGAUAACUAGGGAACAUAAUAGAUAUGAUCUCUGUAGAUAAAAAUCAUUCCAUUAGCAUAUAUAUUGGUAUAUAAAUGUACUUUGUGUACCUAAAAAUAUGUAUGUUGAUUAUUAAGUGAUACCUCUUUAAAUCUUCUUGUACAAAAUGUAAGCAGAUUUGUGCUAUUGUUAAUCUAGAUAUAUUAUUUUUUUUAUUAACUUUAAAUAGAUAGAUUAAGAGGUAGUUUUCAACAGCUGAAAGGAAGAAGAAAAUAUUUGCUACAACGUAACAGUCAUUGCAAAUUUAAUAAUUUUUUUCCAUUGUCACAAUGUGGGACAAUUUUACCAGAAAUGUUUCCUUAGGCAGGUUAUAGUCCACUUUUUAAUUUAAAACCUACUUCUGAGUAUGUUCACAAUGUAAAUACCCAUACCAGUGAUUGAUUUAAUGUAGUCAAAGAACUAUGUAUGAGGGUCUGUAUGGGGUUUACAGAAUAAUGAAUAAUGGGCAAAACGUGAAAAAUAACGGGCAAAAAAUAUAAAGGAAAGAGAAAAAUAGGCCAAUAAAAUCAAGAGAAUAAUGGGGUACUGAAAAAUAAAGAAUAGAGAAAAUUGGCAAAUAAAAAAAUUAAGAAUACAGAAAUGAAGGACCCACAUCCAUACCCUCAUGUAUUUUGUUAAUAUGCAUAUCCUAUCUCUUAAAUCUCUUGUUUUUCAUGUACAUUUUUCUCAUUGUGUGUUAAAUCAUUUUUUUAUUUUAGAUCUUGUUAUGUUAUGUUAUGUUAUAUAGAUAUUUAAGUUUAUUUAUUUAGAACUACUGAAUUAUCAAAAAAAAAAGGAAUAGGAGUUGUAAGUCAGUAAAUACUUUUAUUUCAAGAGGUUAGCUCAGUAUUGUAUUGAAUUUAAGAGGAAAAUGUAAUAAAAAUUAUAACUCAUUUUAAUUUCUUCCUGUAAGAAUAAAAGUUUGAAUAUGUGUGUAUAGGUAUGCAUAUAAGUGCUUAUUUUUUGGUAAGAUAUUUUGAAUAUUCAUAAUUUUGUAGGUUUUCAUGCCCCACCUAGUUUUUUUUUUAAGUUUUUGGUCAAGGUAGUUUUUGAUGAAGUUGAAGCCCAAUCAACUUGAAACUUAGUACACAUGUUCCCUAUGAUAUGAUCUUUCUCAUUUUAAUGCCAAAUUAGAGUUUUGAUCCCAAUUUCACAGUCCGCUGAACAUAGAAAAUGAUAGUGCAAGUGGGGCAUCCAUGUACUAUGGACACAUUCUUGUUUUCAGCAGUUAGCAUUAAGAUACAGUCUAAUUUUUAAGUUUUUCAGACAUUAAUAACUUUCUUAAACCUUCAUGGAAUUUUAUGAAAGUUGGACAGACAUAACAAGCUUUUUCAUGAAAAAAAAAUAGAAUCCCAAUUUAAUUUUGAAUUUUGUUUGAACAUUUUCCAAUAUUUUACUGUUAAAUGGACUUUAAUUUUCAUCACAGUGUCAAACCUACAUAGAACUUGAGCAGAUUUUUUUUAUAUGAAUGAAGAAUGUCAUAACCAAAGUUUUGUUUAUUUUUUAUUUUUCUGCAUUUUACUAAUAAGUGGACUUGGUUUGUUUUGAAGUUAAUAAAUACAUACAGUAGGGGAUUACAUUUUUAAGACAUUGUUAACUUUGAUAAACCUUCAUGAAAUGUUUUGAAAUUUGGAAAUAAGCUUCUUAAAGUUCAAGAAUUAGAAAUAUCUGAAGGGAAAAAAAAAUGUGUUUGUAUUUUUUCUGUAUGUAACUGAUAAAUGGACUUAAUUUUUGUCAUCAAUAUUACACUUGUACACUUACAACAGCAAUUGCAAGUGAGACACUUAGUUCAGCAGAACCCUUUACAAUUUUGUUAUGAUUUUCAUACUUAAAUUUUUCAAUUUAUUGAAGAGUUUUUAAUGACGAUCAUAUUAUUAAUUCAUUACUGCCUAUGUUAUUGUUUUUUUUUAUUAUAUAUUGAUUGGUUCAUUGCUGUGAAUUUGUGUUUUUAUACUUUGAAUAUAACAAAAAAGCGGAAAUAUCAUUGAUUCGUGAGUUUUGAAUUUGCAGUUUCAUAUUAUGAAUUUGUAGUUUCAUAUUUGUGUAAAUAACAAAAAGGAGGAAAAUUUACAUUUCAUAAGAGGUUGAAAAACACAUGGUUUGAUUUUGAAAUGCACUCUGAUUGGAACUCCAUGGAUAAGAGUUCUUUUUCAAUGAUAUAAUCCGUAAAUAAAAUUCUUGUGCACCUAAUUAAACUUGUUAAAAAAAAUAAAAUUUAUAGUUUAUGUAAAUGCAAUAAGUGGUGCCAAUAAUAAUAUGUAUAUAUGGACUUGUAUUUAUGGUGUCUAGAAAAUAUUUUUGCACUAUGAUUUUUUACAAUAAUUUUUGUGAUCAAUAUUUUUACAUUGUGCUUCUAUUAGUACAGUAGGAUUAAUGCUAAAAAUGUAAAGAAUUUUAGUUUGUAGCUAAAUAAAUCUGUUCAAAGUACUACAUUGACUUUUAUAAAGAUGCAUGGUGUUGCUUCAGAAUUGAGCUUUAUACAGGUCAGAAGAUUAAAUCAGCUUAAGCAAUUUUGUUUUAAAAUUUUUACAACGAGUAAGCCACAAAGGAGUAGGGGCAAUAAGGCCCUAAUUUGUCCCAAAUAUUAGUGCAAAUUGAAAAGUUACCAUAUAUACAUUUUCUUAAAUUUGUCCUAAAUACACUAGGGUACAAGGUGUUCAGAAAAUAAAAACAUAUUUCACAUUUAAUGAGUAACCAUGAAAACACAUGACGUAAUUUGUAUAUGUGGUAAAAUUUCUUGAUUUUCCUUGUGUUUUACGUCAACUAUUAAAUGUAUGUGCGCAUGCAAGAAAUAAUAAUUUAUUUUUGAUGAGAUUGUGUCAAUAGUAAUAAUAAAGCUAUUCUUAAAUUAUUCUGUUGUUUCUCGGCUGCACACAACUUUCCUGCAAAAGAAAUAAGGAUGGAAAACAAAACUGCAUAAAGUCUGCAGUUUUCUUCAUUUUAAUGAAAAUAGUGCAUAAUAUGACGUAAUUGCGACAUCAUAACAUCAAACAUCUUAUGUAAUUUGUUUAUAUUUCUUCAUUUUAUUCAUUUCAAAACAGGCUGAUAUCAAAACUUUUCAAAAUAUCUACGAAAAUACAUUUUUUCCUCAAUCCACAAAAAUUGGAAAUCAUGAAAAAAUAAGUUAAUCCAAAGAACUUCAAAAACUUGUUAAAAAAUUCAUAUUUUAUUGUUAAUAAAUAGUGUAGUUAUUUGUUUAAUUUAUUUUGUACAUGAUCAGUAUUUUUAUUGGUUUCCUGAUCAUCUUGAAAACAUUUUCAUUUUAUAUGUUUAAUAAAUUUUUUUAGCUUCA